AAAGUGUCAACCAUAUUCCUGUUAGUCGGUUACAAAUUCCUUCUUCAUAUUCAUUCUUCUCAUUGUCUUUCUCUCUUCACCUUCCAAUAUAAAUACAUGAGAAGUUAAGAAUCGUUUUCCAUUCAUUUUUAUCAUAAACUCUUAAGUCACUCACUCAUUCAACAUUUCACAUCACAAAUUGAUCCUUCUUACACAUACCACCAAGCUUAUUUCUAUUUUUAAAUUAGUUUAUUUUAUAUCAUAUUCUAUAUUCUAUACUAUAUACUAUAUUCUUAUAUUUUAUAUAGAUAGUGAAGUUUGAAUCAUACAACAACAUCAGCAUAAGAAUCAACUUAUCUAUAUACAAACAGAGUAUAGUCACAUUAAUUUGUUUGAUUUCAUUCAUAAACUAUGGCUGAUGAUGAUCAAUUUCAUCAUUCAAGUGGAAACUCAAAUUGGUGGGACACAUCAAGAAACAACAUGAGGUUUGAUCAAAGUGGAACAUCACAAACUUCUUCAUCUAACAACAUAGUUGAUUUUGCUUGGCAAAAUUCAGAUAUGGUAGAUAUAAAACCAAGAUCUUCUUCCAUGGAUGAUAACUCUUCUAUUGUUUUUCAUGAUGAUACUCAAAAGCUUCAACAACCUCAAGAUUCUUCCACAACUUCAAUUGAUCCUAACUUGCAUAUGAUGGGUUUAGGCCUUUCUUCUCAUGCCAUGGAUUGGAAUCAACCACCUUUGAUAAGUGAAAAGGGUAGUUCAGAGAACAAUUUAAGGUCAAUGUUGGAAGAGAAUUUGAGUUCAACAAGGAACAAUUUUGAGCAAGAAAAUAUGAUGGGGUUAUGUCAAGGUCAAAUUCAAUGGAGAUCAUCAUCAGAUCAAAAGUUGUUUUCAGCUGUAGAGUCAUCAAGCAAUGAAUUCAAACAAGUGAAUAAUAGAAGUUUCUCUUUGGAUCAAAAUCAAUUUAGUCCUUCAUAUAGUUCUGGUGAAAGCAAUGUUACAAGCCAAGGAUUAAUGGAUUAUGGAACACCAUCAAUAUUACAAGGACUAUUAGGAUCUGAUCAUAGUAAUAAUAUUCAACACCAACAACAACAAGGUUCAUUUGAGAAUAGACCUAUGAGUUUUUCAUAUACUACAAAUAAUUAUGGAUUAAACUCUAAUAAUGAGUUGAAUAUUCCUUCUAAUUGGUCUACUAAAGUUCCUCAAUUUUUGAGAACUAAUUCACCUCCAAAACAACAACCACCUAAUAACCAAUUGCAUUUUACUAAUAACACCCCCUUUUGGAAUGCUUCUGAGGCUGCUAAUUCCAUCAAGGAUGUUAGGUCAAGUUUCUUCCCCUCUUUGCAACCACAAUUCUCCACCCCAAAUUUUGAUUCACAGGCCAAGAAUAUAUCUGAAGUAGGUGUGGUGAAGAAAAGUGGAAGUGAGCCAGCACCCAAAAGGACCCGUAACGAAACCCCAUCUACUUUGCCAGCUUUUAAGGUGAGAAAAGAGAAAAUGGGAGACAGAAUCACUGCACUCCAACAAUUAGUGUCACCUUUUGGAAAGACUGAUACAGCCUCAGUGCUCUCUGAAGCCAUUGAAUACAUCAAAUUCCUUCAUGAACAGGUUACAGUUUUGAGCACUCCAUAUAUGAAAAGUGGAGCUCCAACGCAGAAUAUUCAACAGAAUUCAGGUAAAUCCAAGAAAUCCGAGGGUGCAAAGCAAGAUCUUAGAAGCCGAGGGCUAUGCUUGGUGCCAGUUUCUAGUACAUUUCCGGUGACUCAUGAAACAACAGUUGAUUUUUGGACACCAACAUUUGGAGGGACAUCAAGAUAAUAAUUAAUGGAUGGAUGAAAAUAUUGGGACAUGGAACCAUACAUUGAAAAUAGGUCAUGCAUGUAUGUACCUUAUGAAACCUAGCCAAGUUGGAAAUGAUAAGAUAAAAAAAGAGUGAAACAUGAAAGAAGACAAAGAAAGCCCACUUAAAUAUGUAAAGUUAGUUAGUUCUAAUGAGGGAAAUGGAAAAAGAGAGAGUGGGGGGGAGGGAAAUUUUUUGUUGAAAGAGAAAGAAAAGGAAGUGACCCUUCAAAAAAUGGGCCAACUACAUUCAGAAUUAUUUAGGAUUUGGGAAUUAUUGGGACCAUUUGUAAUAAUUGAACUAUUAUGCUUACAAGCGUGGAAUUAGGAAGGACAAAGUUGCUAAAAAUAUAUAUAGAGAGAGUGAGAAAUUUCUUAUUUUUUAGAUUAAUUUAAUCUAACAAGAGAUCAAAGAUAUUUAGAUCUUUUAUGGUAAUUACAAAGUCGUUGGAUCAAUAUUUAAUUCUAACUUAUAUGAAUGAAUCUUGAUCUAAGGGUUUUGUUGUACUUUAUUUGUGUACCAAUUAUAUAUAUCAGAUAUAAACUUGAGAAUAAUUUAGAUAA